AAAUGACCAAUAUUGCAGAGAACGAUGGACACCAGUGAUAGAGAUGAAGAUCCGAAUGCCAAUGAGCCGCCGGAGGAGGAGGACGACGAGGAGGAGAAGAAGCAAGGCCGUGAGAUUUGCUUCGAUGGGUGCGGCCGCCCCUGCAGUGUAUGCAUCUGCUCCUAUCUCCCGCCUUCACCGAUCCCCACCUCCACCCACAUCCUCGUCCUCCACCACCCCCACGAGCUCCGCCGCAACCGCCUUGCCACCCUUCCCGCCCUCACCCGAUCCCUUCUCCACCUCCAUUCCCUCUCCGGCCGUCGCCUCCACCCAUCCUCCUCGUCCCUCCUCACCUCCCCCUCAUCCACCCCUCUCCUGCUAUUCCCCUGCCCCAACUCCAUUCCCCUCUCCCUCUGGGCAUCGCAAAACCCACCGUCCGCCCGCCCAAACCUCAAUCUCAUUGUCCUCGACGGCACCUGGGCUCAGGCCAAGGAGAUGGCCACUGCCAGCGGCCCAUUCUUGUCGUCGAUCGGCGCGAUUCAGGUGUCACUGGAGGUGGACGAGGGCGUGGAUGGGGAGAGCACCUUCGAGUCGGAGCUGGUGCUGAAGAAGGAGCCGUUCAAGGGGUGUGUGAGCACGAUCGAGGCGGUGGCGCGGGCUCUGAGGAUUUUGGAGCCGGAGGAGAAGGUCGGCGUCGAGGUCGAAGAGACGCUGCUUCGCGUCCUGAGGGCCAUGGUGGGCUUUCAGAAGCGCCACUUGAAGCCCAUUAAACCCAGGCCCAGGUUGACCAAGAAGGGUCAUCUUCUACUUCCAAGUAACUCAAUUGUUUGAUUGAAAUUACCAUGCUGUAAAAAUUUGUUACCUAAAUUAUUCUAUAGUAUUUUGAUUUUUUAACUGGUCUAUUUGCGGUUUUUUGGAUUGAAGGUAAGGUAAACGUAAGAAAAGUGAAAUUACGGAAGGAAAAUAGAUGUAUAUAUAUAGGGAAAAUUAUCUUUUAAAUCUCCCUGCACAAAGAUAAUAUUGGACAAAAAAAGAGGAGCAUUUACUUUGAUUUGUAAAUUUUCUUUUUGAGCCAUGUGUA